UAGUAGUGAUGCGGUGUAAACAACAUGGCGGACAGUGUGAAAGUGAUUGAUGAUGAAUUUGUCAGAAGAAUUCAUAGUCGUAAUGUCUCGGGGAGACUGCAUAAAGGUCAUGGGAUAACUGCUGCCACAGCAUCGAUACCUAGCAAGUAUCAGACAAUCGUGAUUGACAAUGCGGAGAAGAGAGGGUUCAACUCGAGAGCAAAACGAUUCCAGUAUGAUUCAAAUGUUGAUGACAACCCGGGACCGGGUACAUACAUGGGUCAUGCCACCGUAGAACAAAACAACCCAUCUCUCUCAAAGAAGGGUACUGGAGGAUUUGCAUCCAAGGAUCGCAGACUCACGAAACAAGGAAUGAGUUGCAGUCCUGGUGCUGGAUCAUACCAAGUUCCUCUCGCAAUACUGGCACGAAAAGACUUCAACAGGGCAAAAACAACCAGUGUAUUUCACCAACCCAUUGCUCACAAGGUUGAAAAAACAGAUGGGGUUCCUGCACCAAAUUCAUAUGAGGUUUUGAGAGUGAAACUUGGUCCAACAAAUAAUGUGACAGCAUCAGCAGCUUUCAAGUCUAAAUCGAGACGAGAACUGAUUAACACAAAAGCUCAAGCCUCGAACCCAGCUCCCUGGCAUUACCAAGUUGACGAUUCCAUGCUACACGAAAAUGUAAAAGUGCCCAUGUCCAGCUUUAAAUCGAAAUCAAAACGACAAAUGCAGCCAGAUGCUGACCCUGUUCCAGGUCCAGGAGCUUACAGACCAGGAGAACCACAAGAACCUGUGCCAAAAUUAGAAUACCCUCGAAAGCAUUAUCUGUGUAUAUCAGCCCCAGCAAUGCCUCUUCCACCACCCAUCCCAGGCCCGGGGCCUGGCAGCUAUGAGCUUGUAGACUAUGAUGGUACACCCAAACAUUACAUGUCCAGUUCGGUGUUUGUGUCAAAUACGAGUCGAUGGACAGGAGACGUCAGGAAUACGGCUGCCCCAGGGCCAUCACAUUACAAGCCACACGAAACUGGAAAACAAUCUUUUAUCUACAACGCACAAGGAAAGUGGAUCUGAGAAUAUUGUGUAAAAGCAGGCAUACCGGACUGAAAAUCAGCCAAUUUAAUUCGACUGUUGACAAUAAAUAGUCAGUAAUUGGGUCAUAUCAUUAUCAAAUAUACUUCUUGAUCAUGUGCUUAUCUUCUUGAUUGAUCAAGAGCACCAAUCUUUUGGGUCCAUGCAUUCCAGGGUGUGAGACCCAGAGGCUACUGGAGACCUUCAUAACUCUACAUGAUGACAAAAUUUGCAGGCGAUCAUCAUCUGACCAGUCAACAGCUACAGCAAUAAUGUCUUUUGGGUGAAGACCACUUUGCAAAGUGGCUGGAGACCAUAGUAACUGAAAAUGUUGAUCUUGUGAUUACCAAAAUCUUAAAUAAAGUGUUGACUUUUACCUUUUUAUGUGAUUUACCUUUCAAACUCCGUCCAAAGUCAUGACUGUGAUAACAUGUGAUUAUACCGUUUAAGAAUAAAAUAAACAACAAUGUUGUUUAUUUAUUUAUGUAUUUAAUUUUCGUUGUAUGUAUCAGUUUUAUGUGACUAAUAAUGGGACAUGAAUAUGUCUUCUUUGGGUUUAUUUAUUGAAUAAACUCUCUGAGAAUAAGGAA